AAUUACUCUCUGUAGUGAUCCAGAUUAUGAUGAGGAAACUCUGUGUGGAGCCAUCUUACCUCGUAUCGUAACUGCUGGCACUGUUACCAGAAGGGCAGUGGAGAAAACAUGGCUUACUGCCAGCAAUGCUUAUUCAGAUAGGAUAGGCAGUGAACUUAAAGCUAUGGUGCAAUGCCCCCCAGGGUACACUUUUGUAGGUGCUGAUGUAGAUGCUCAAGAACUGUGGAUAGCCUCUUUAAUUGGGGAUGCCGACUUUGCUGGCAUACAUGGCAGCACUGCAUUUGGCUGGAUGAACCUACAAGGCAAGAAGAGUGAAGGUACUGACUUACACAGCAAGACUGCAGAGACGAUAGGGAUCACCAGAGAACAGGCUAAGGUGUUCAAUUAUGGGCGCAUUUAUGGUGCUGGCUACAAAUAUGCUGUUGAACUCCUCUGUGAAUUUAAUCCGAAGCUCACUAAAGAGGAAGCAUUAAAAAAGGCGUGUGUUAUGUACAACGCAACAAAAGGGAAAAAGACAACCAAAAAUUUUAUUGAUGAAAAAGGAAAGCAAGUGAAAAAAACGAAAUGGGUUGGUGGCAGUGAAUCUGAAAUGUUUAACAGCCUGGAGAGCAUCAUUUCAGUCCCAGAGCCAAAAACCCCAGCCCUAGGAUGCAAGAUCAGCAGGGCCCUGGAGCCAGACAAAGUCAGCGAUCAUUUCAUGACAAGCAGGCUAAAUUGGGUAGUUCAGAGUUCUGGGGUGGACUACCUCCAUCUGUUAUUAGUGUGUAACCAGUGGCUUUUUGAUAAGUAUGGCAUAGAUGGGAGGUUCUCCAUUAGUAUUCAUGAUGAAGUCAGAUACUUGGUGAAAAGUGAGGACAAAUACAGGGCAGCACUUGCUCUCCAGAUAUCCAAUCUCCUAACCAGGUGUAUGUUUGCUUACAAACUUGGAAUGAAUGAUUUACCUCAGUCUGUCGCCUUCUUCAGUGCAGUGGACUUUGAUGUGUGCUUGAGGAAAGAGGUGGACAUGGACUGUAAGACACCAUCUAAUCCAAGAGGCCUGAAGAAAGGAUAUGACAUGCCUGAAGGUGAAUCUUUGGAUAUCUAUCAGAUCUUGGAUAUCACAAAGGGUUCUUUAUCUCCAGUUUCCGAAGAAAAAUCUGAACAGCACUCCAAGAUAGAGUUAAAAGUUUAAGCAAGAUUUUAAAGAACUACAAGUUGUAACCAAAUAGUCAUUGCUAGAAGACUGUUAUAUCUCUACAAAGCAGGAUAAGGACUGCUGCACUCAUUAGCCGUUCCUGAUUCUUUAGAGAAGUUUUUGAUUUAGAGCUUUUGACAAACUACCUUUUUUUACAUUUGAUUUUGUUAAUUUUCAUUUUCCACUGGUUAUUUUACUUUGGGGUGAGGGGAAGUGGCACUUGAAGCCAAGAAAAGGGGUAGAUGGAUGUACAUUGUUGUAAUAUUACAGUGUAUGCCAAUAAAACCUAUAUCUAGAUUAGA